UGGCUUCUUCGCUAAGCUACACGAUCUCUAACGCAGUCAUGUAUGCAAAGUGCUAUAAGUACAUCCUCAAACCUACCGAUUAUUCCUCACAUCAUCAUUUUAAAAAUCAAAGAAACUAUCGAAAUGAUGCAUAAUCCACUGUUUCUUGUCCUUGCCGUAAUUUUCUCCAGCCUGGUGAUUCCAUCAGUAACUGGAGCAAAGGCCUCGAGUAGUUUCAGUGUGGACCUUAUUCACCGUGAUUCGCCAACAUCUCCCUUCUAUAAUGCUUCUCUCACCUCAACGGAGAUCCUAAGAAAAAAUGCCCUCCGUUCAAUGUCCCGACUCAAACACUUCCGGUCUUUGAUUGAUCAAAGCGCCAUCAGAUCUGCAUUGAUUCCGAGUGGAGGCAUUUAUCUGAUGAAACUCUCAUUUGGAACACCACCAGUUGAAUACUUUGCCAUUGCAGACACCGGCAGCGACCUUAUAUGGAUACAAUGUCUUCCAUGUGGACAGUGCUAUCCACAAGGCUCUCCUCCUUUUGAUCCUCGGGCCUCGUCCACUUACAAAGAGAUCCCUUGUGGUUCCGACACUUGCCAAGCUCUUCCCCGGAAACAGUGCACCAACACAAAUGACUGUCAAUACUCGUAUGGCUAUGGAGACAACUCGUUUACCGUUGGAGCCCUCAGCACUGAUACCUUGACUUUUGACUCCUCCAAUGGGAAAAUCACAGCAUUCGCCACAUCGAUUUUUGGUUGUGGACACAACAAUCAAGGCAAAUUCAGAAGCCCGACUGCUGGGCUUGUUGGCCUGGGAGGAGGGCCAUUGUCCCUGGUUUCCCAAAUAAGUACUCGAAUUGAUAACAGAUUCUCCUACCGCUUGGUCCCUCGCACUUCAAGCUCCAGUAGUAAACUGCUCUUCGGCCAGGAAGCAGUAAUAUCUCGUCCCGGAGCUGUUUCGACUCCGUUGAUAACCAAAACCCCUCCUACCUUCUACUUCCUUAGCCUCGAAGGUGUUAGCAUCGGAGACAAGACCGCACAGCCAGAUUCGAGCCACCGGAAUAUCAUAAUCGAUUCGGGAACAACACUCACGCUCCUAGAAUCAAAUUUUUAUAACAGCUUAGAGACUAUAGUGAAAGACACCAUUGGAGCAGAUCCAGUGCAAGAUCCUUCAGGAACAUAUAGAUUGUGUUAUGGGGCAGAAACUAAUAUCAACGUUCCAGAAAUGGUGUUCCAUUUCAGUGGUGCUGACCUUCGCUUGCAACCCGUCAACACAUUCCGGAUCAAUGCGGACUUAAUGUCUAUGCUGAUAGUUCCAAGUGACUCCUUAUCUAUCUUUGGAAACUAUGCACAGAUAAAUUUCCGGUUGGAGUAUGAUCUUCAGAAGAGAACUGCCUCCUUUGCUCCAACAGAUUGUACCAAACAAUAA